AAUGCAAUCAAUUGGCGGCUUCAAUAUGAUUCUCGAGUACUUUCUCCGCUCAUCCAAGAGCAAUGUUGUUCGCGUGCUGAAGAGAUCAACGAUCUUCGCGACAAUUAUGUUUCAGAUCUGCAGUGCAGUGAUCGCUUAUGUUUACAAGUCGUGCGCUGUUAAGAAAUUCUGGUUCUUCAACAUUCCCGCGCCUGGAGAUAACAAUGUCUCAACUUCACACUUCCGCGAAGGCAGAAAUGGUUGGAUGGACAAGAUUAUCGGCACUUCGAGACACAUUUGCUCUCACAACGAAUCCUGUGAGAGUUUUGUGUUGAAAGAAUUGAAGCGCACAACAACCUUCGGACUAAUGGUGACUCUGCUGAAAGCAAUUGUGUCUCACAUCAGCAGCUCUUCCAGCGGCUCUUUCCUAUCAAAACUCCUGCAGAACUUCGACUACAGACUCUUCCUCUUCCUCUCGUCCUUCGGGAGUCUCUUCAGCCUGUGCAAUUGCCUCAUAAAUCGCCACAUGCAGACUGAUUCGCCGAAAACCAGCACAAUUGCUGGCUUCCUCGCCGGCAUUGCAUUCCUCUUCUAUCCCAAAUACGUCUUCUUCUCAUUCGGCCUCAGUCGCAUGAUCCAAGUCGUCUGGCUGCACUACAAUCAGACCGCUGAGCAGAAGCCCAGAGUCAUCCAGUUCCUCAACAAAGUGCCCUUCAGCACACUCAUCUACGCCUUCGCCUCGGCCUUCCUCUACCAAUGUCGCGUCUUCAACCCCGGCGAGACGCCCAAGUACGUCUACCAAAUCAUGACAAUCGCCACACAGAAGAGAAGCGACACGCUGGCAGAGUCUUAUGCUACAAUGCUAAUGGGUCUGGCAUAGAGCACGAAGACCGCGCGUCGCUCGAAUUUGUUGAUGCAU